AUGCUCACCGUCGCUCAGCACCCACCACAACCCCCGCCCCCGCAAGAGCUAACCCCUCCACAUGCAGACGCAGAUCCCCCGCACGCUGCCGCAGACGUGGAUCCGCCCCCACACGCCGCUGCAGAGGUUGACCCGCCCCCGCAUGCCGCCGCCGAGGUCGAUCCGCCCCCGCAUGCCGCCGCAGAUGAAGGUCCUCCACAACCCGCGGCAGAUGACGAGCCCCCUCCACAACCCGCUGUGGAGGACGGCCCCCCUCCUGAGGUCCCGACACUACCGCCCCCGCCUCCGCAAGCGGCUAGGCCGCCACCACCAGAGGCCGUCGACCCUCCAAACCCACUACACGACGUGCCGACCAUGACUGGCGCGCCCGCAAACGCAGCGCCCCGUGUCGCCGCUGCACACGGCGCCGCACCGGUCCACGAUGAGCAAGCCGCGCCUCCGCACGACCCGCUGCCACAGGACCCGCCCCCAGUUCCCCCACACAUCCCACCACCCUGUCCCGAACCCCUCGUCAGCCGCCGCAUCAGCGCGAGAGAAACCGCCUCGCUCACCACCGCACACGAGCCUGAUCCACACGUCGGCUGGCAAUCCACCGCGACACAGGCCGCGACCGGCAUCGUGAACGGCACGGGCGUCAGGAACGGGUAG